AUGGAUGUCGACGUUGAUCACUAUAAGGUUCUUGGUUUACCUUCCAGCGAGGAAGGCUCCAAGCUUACAGAGAAUGAUAUUAAAAAGGCAUAUCGAGCGAAGGCUUUGGUGUUGCACCCUGACAAGAGGCCCGAUGAUCCUGAUGCCCCGGCCAACUUCCAGAGUCUCAUGUCAUCCUAUGAGAUACAAGAUGAGAAGGCCAGGAAACUGUUUGAUGAUUUACUCAGAGUUAAGAGAGACCAGCAGCGCCGCCAUUUGGAACGCGAUUCCAAGCGACAAAGGAUGGUCUCUGAUCUUGAAGCAAGAGAACGAUCUGCCUUUGCUUUAGAUGCGGCUGCCAGAGAUAGAGCAGAAGAGGAGAGAAUCUCUAGGAAGCUUAAAGAAGAGAUUGAGAGAAUACGUAAGGAGCAUGCAAAGAAAGGGGCGGCAACUGAUUCUGCUCCCAAGAAAGAGACUGUUGGAGUUGGCAACGGAAAUGUGGGUGGUGCAAAGAUGGGGUUGGAUGAGGAGAAGAUGCUUAAAGUUUCGUGGGAAAAUGUUGGUGAAGGCUAUACGGCAGAAAGGUUGAGAGGUUUGUUCUCGGUGUUCGGUGAGGUUGAAGAUAUUGUCAUCAGGGGCAAGAAGAAGAAAGGUUCGGCUCUUGUUGUGAUGACGACUAAAGAUGCAGCUGUUGCUGCAACAGGAACUCUGUUAGGUGAUCUUUCUAAUCCAUUGCUGGUUAUACCUCUUAAAUCAGUUUCAGUGACUGAUGCUCCACCAGUUCAGAGGCCUGAGGAACCUGAUCGACUUAACCAUUUGGUUGGGGCUGGAUAUCAAUCGUUUGAAGAUUCUGUUUUGCAGAAACUCAAAAAGGCUGGGCAGAAGCAAAAAUAG